CCGACCGGCCAGCUCUGCAGGUCUUGGGACCGAAGGUUCUGCUGGAGCUCUGCGAUGGGGGCGCUUACCCCAGCUGGGGGGCCCAGGAGCCCCUGAGGUCACGGAACCCAGCCGUCUGGUCAGGGAGAGCUCGGGGGGAGAGGUCCGAAAGCAGCAACUGGACACCAGGGUCCGCCAGGAGCCACCAGGGGGCCCGCCUGUCCAUCUGGCCCAGGUGAGUUUCGUCAUCCCAGCCUUCAACUCAAACUUCACCCUGGACCUGGAGCUGAACCACCACCUCCUCUCCUCGCAAUACGUGGAGCGCCACUUCAGCCGGGAGGGAACAACCCAGCACAGCACCGGGGCUGGAGACCACUGCUACUACCAGGGGAAGCUCCGGGGGAACCUGCACUCCUUCGCUGCCCUCUCCACCUGCCAGGGGCUGCAUGGGGUCUUCUCUGAUGGGAACUUGACUUACAUUGUGGAGCCCCAAGACAUGGCUGGACCUUGGGGAGCCCCUCAGGGACCCCUUCCCCACCUCAUUUACCGGACCCCUCUCCUCCCAGAUCCCCUCGGAUGCAGGGAACUAGGCUGCCUGUUUGCUGUGCCUGCCCAGUCGGCUCCUCCAAACCGGCCGAGGCUGAGAAGGAAAAGGUCCGCCGGGGCCACCCUACCGUGCACAGUGAGACCAAGUACGUGGAGCUAAUUGUGAUCAACGACCACCAGCUGUUCGAGCAGAUGCGACAGUCGGUGGUCCUCACCAGCAACUUUGCCAAGUCCGUGGUGAACCUGGCUGACGUGAUAUACAAGGAGCAGCUCAACACUCGCAUCGUCCUGGUUGCCAUGGAAACAUGGGCAGAUGGGGACAAGAUCCAGGUGCAGGAUGACCUCCUGGAGACCCUGGCCCGGCUCAUGGUCUACCGACGGGAGGGUCUGCCUGAGCCUAGCGAUGCCACCCACCUCUUCUCGGGCAGGACUUUCCAGAGCACCAGCAGCGGGGCAGCCUACGUGGGGGGCAUCUGCUCCCUGUCCCGGGGCGGGGGUGUGAACGAGUACGGCAACAUGGGGGCGAUGGCCGUGACCCUUGCCCAGACGCUGGGGCAGAACCUGGGCAUGAUGUGGAACAAACACCGGAGCUCGGCAGGGGACUGCAAGUGUCCGGACAUCUGGCUGGGCUGUAUCAUGGAGGACACUGGAUUCUACCUGCCCCGCAAGUUCUCGCGCUGCAGCAUCGACGAGUACAACCAGUUUCUGCAAGAGGGUGGUGGGAGCUGCCUCUUCAACAAGCCCCUCAAGCUCCUGGACCCCCCAGAGUGCGGGAACGGCUUUGUGGAGGCAGGGGAGGAGUGCGACUGCGGCUCGGUGCAGGAGUGCAGCCGCGCAGGUGGCAACUGCUGCAAGAAAUGCACCCUGACUCACGACGCCAUGUGCAGCGACGGGCUCUGCUGUCGGCGCUGCAAGUACGAGCCACGGGGUGUGUCCUGCCGAGAGGCCGUGAACGAGUGCGACAUCGCGGAGACCUGCACCGGGGACUCGAGCCAGUGCCCCCCUAACCUGCACAAGUUAGACGGUUACUACUGUGACCAUGAGCAGGGCCGCUGCUACGGAGGUCGCUGCAAAACCCGGGACCGGCAGUGCCAGGCUCUUUGGGGCCAUGCGGCUGCUGAUCGCUUCUGCUAUGAGAAGCUGAACGUGGAGGGGACGGAGCGUGGGAGCUGUGGGCGCAAAGGAUCGGGCUGGGUCCAGUGCAGUAAGCAGGAUGUGCUGUGUGGCUUCCUCCUCUGCGUCAACGUCUCUGGAGCUCCUCGGCUAGGGGACCUGGUAGGAGACAUCAGUAGUGUCACCUUCUACCACCAGGGCAAGGAGCUGGACUGCAGGGGAGGCCACGUGCAGCUGGCGGACGGCUCUGACCUGAGCUACGUGGAGGAUGGCACAGCCUGCGGGCCCAAUAUGCUGUGCCUGGACCAUCGCUGCCUGCCAGCCUCUGCCUUCAACUUCAGCACCUGCCCCGGCAGUGGGGAGCGCCGGAUUUGCUCCCACCACGGGGUCUGCAGCAAUGAAGGGAAGUGCAUCUGUCAGCCAGACUGGACAGGCAAAGACUGCAGUAUCCACAACCCCCUGCCCACGUCCCCACCCACGGGAGAGACAGAGAGAUAUAAAGGUCCCAGCGGCACCAACAUCAUCAUUGGCUCCAUCGCCGGGGCUGUCCUGGUUGCAGCCAUCGUCCUGGGUGGCACGGGCUGGGGAUUUAAAAACAUCCGCCGAGGAAGGUCUGGAGGGGCCUAAGUGCCACCCCCCUCCCUCCAAGCCUGGCACCCACCGUCUCGGCCCUGAACCACGAGGCUGCCCCCAUCCAGCCACGGAGGGAGGCACCAUGCAAAUGUCUUCCAGGUCCAAACCCUUCAACUCCUGGCUCCGCAGGGGUUUGGGUGGGGGCUGUGGCCCUGCCCUUGGCACCACCAGGGUGGACCAGGCCUGGGGUGCACUUCCUCCACAGUCCCCCGCCCACCUCCUGCGACUCAGCCUUGCACACCCACUCCCCCGUGUGAAUGUAGCUUCCAUCUCAUGGAUUGCCACAGCUCAACUCGGGGGGCCUGGAGGGAUGCCCCCAGGCAGCCAUCAGUGGACCUAGCCUGGAUGGCCCCUCCUUGCAACCAGGCAGCUGAGACCAGGGUCUUACCUCUCUGGGACCUAGGGGGACGGGGCUGACAUCUACAUUUUUAAAAACUGAAUCUUAAUUGAUGAAUGUAAACUCGGGGGUGCUAGGGCCAGGGCAGAUGUGGGCAUGUUUUGACAUUUACAGGAGGGCCCGGAGAAACUGAGGUGUGGCCAUCCCCCAGACCCUCCCCCAGGAUGACCACGCCCGGAGUCCUGUCACUGAGCACAGGCAGGGGCUGGGCAUCCCAGCUUGCCCCCGCUUAGCCCCGCUGAGCUUGGAGGAAGUAUGAGUGCUGAUUCAAACCAAAGCUGCCUGUGCUGUGCCCAAGGCCUAGGUUAUGGGCACGGCAACCACAUGUCCCAGAUCGUCUUCAAUUCUAAAACAACUGUCCUGCUGUCCCUGUCAGGACGCAUGGAUUUGGGGGGGGGCGGGGUCUAGAAAACAUAGUUCCUGAAAUAAAAUGGCACCUUCCCCCUUUCAAGAAGGGUAAUUCUGGGGCCGACUCAGGGUUUAGGUGCCCCCUGGUGUGGCCUAGAUGUCCCCGCCUGGGCCAUCUUUCUGGGGAGGACUCUUCCAGGUAGGGAAGGCCAGAAGUGGCCCAGUGCCUGGAGGGUUAGGGGCUCUGCCUGGGAUGUACAAGAGGAAGUAGGAAAGGGAAGUCUCAUGGACGAUCCUAGGCUGCUAGAAGUCCUUAAGGCCCCAUCAAGUCCAUUCCACUCCCUACCCCCAUUCCAGGGCCGAGUAGUAAGUUUACAGAUGUUUCCCCCCAUUACUUGCCCCAACCCAUCCCUGCUGCAGCAAGCCUGAGAGCCAGGUGGAGCCAGGCACAGCUCCUCAGUCUUCUCACACAAUCCUGCCGGUGGCCUUCCCUCAUGAACCUUGCUUGGGAGGGCAGAGCUCUGGCUCCUUGACCCUAAAAGGUAGCUGGCAGGGGCAAGAUGGGGGCCAGCUACCUGAUGGAUGAAAGCCACAAGUGAAUACAGUUCUUGUCACCAGGGGUGCCCUGCCCUCACUCGGCAGGGAGUUUUGACACCCCAGGGCCCAUGAACUGCCUGUUUGAGCCCCUCUGUUUCUGGGGUACCUUCGAGGAGGCGCUGUGGAGGAAAUCGCUCCCUGUUUAUUCACACCUCCCUCAGGGGCAAACAGGCCUGGGACCCGCUGACAUCAUUUUGGGUGGCUGGAUGCACCUGACAGCAGUGGGGUCCUCACAGUGAGCUCCAGCUGGCACUGCCCACUUAAGGGCUGAGUGGAGGGACCCCCCCCCACCAGCCAGCUCUGCCCCACCAGCCCUACAAGUUGAGGCGGGGCGGGGAAAGGGCUGGGUGUCACACUAUUGCUGCGCUGCCGUAAGGCAUCUGUCCUCUGGUGGUGCACCCGUGCACACAGGUACAGUGCAUCUGGGCACAGCUUUUGGAUCCACAUCUCUGCACAAGUGUGAAUACCUCUGCACACACGGGCAUGUCUGUGUGUGCUCAUGUAUAUGGGGUAGGGAACAUGAGACUUCCUGUGACCAGUCCACCCUGGCUCCCAGCUGUCUGCAUCCUCCUGCCCCGCCCUGGCGAGUGCCUACCCUGGCAGAACCCAGGGAGGAGUGGAGGCUGCCUCUGCCUGGGCCUCCACACAGCAUCCUGUACAUAUGCCACCUGGGCUGGGGGUGGGGAGGCAAGGCCAGGAGCAUCGAUUAAAGAUCACAUCCUGGGGCUUCCAGGGAGCUCACACCAA